CAGAAGUUCUGAUUAUGGGUGCUCCUAAAACACCUGUUGCAACCGAAGUGGAUAAGAAUGCUGAUGAGGUGGAAUUCACCAAGAAAGAUCUUGAGGUUGUUGAAGAUGCAUUGGAUACACUAUCGAAAGACAAAAAUAAUUUGGUGAUUGAAAAGGAAGUUAUUAAAGACAUUAAGGAAGAAAUUGCUGAUUACCAAGAAGAUGUAGAAGAAUUGAAAGAAGCCAUAGUUGCUGCUGAGAAACCAAAGGAUGAGAUAAAAGAAACUAAAGGAGCUCAACGAUUGUUGAAGAAGGUUAACAAAAUGAUAACGAAAAUGGAUACUGUUGUACAAGAAAUUGAAAGUAAAGAAUCUGAGAAGAAAGCCAAAACAUUGCCACUUGAAGCUCCUAGGAGCGCUACUGAAACUCAAGAAUUAGAUGUAAGGAAAGAAAGAGGAGAGAUUUUAAUUGACGAAUUAAUGGACGCUAUUAAGAAAGUUAAAAAUGUGCCAGACGAAAAUCGCUUGAAAUUAAUUGAGAACAUUUUGGGCAGGAUCGAUACUGACAAAGAUAGGCAUAUCAAAGUUGAAGAUGUAUUGAAGGUUAUUGACAUUGUGGAAAAAGAAGAUGGUAUCAUGAGUACAAAACAAUUAGAUGAGUUGGUUCAGCUUUUGAAAAAGGAGGAAGUUAUUGAAUUGGAAGAAAAGAAAGAAAAGCAAGAGUCUCAACAGAAAAGUUUUGUACCACCAAGUGAAACUUUGCAUCUUGAAUCAUCACAGCAGAAGAGUACAGUUCCUAGCUCGGGACAUGAAGCUAAGGUGUCCGAAGAUGACUUAAAUGUUAAAAAUAAAAAUUUGGAAGAAUCGACCAAACUGAAUGUGGAGCAAUUGACGAAGAGCACAGAAGAGAGCAUUGCCAGUACCCAGACAUUACAAAGAAAAAACAAAGAAAAUAAUAAAAAUAGAUGUCUUGGGUAA